AUGGAGAAUCUACAGUUGCCUCAGGGCUUGUCACCACAAAACCAAACUGCAACAGGGGAAGAUGAGUCAAAGCGGAAGGCUGCUGAAGAUGAAAUGCGCAGGGAUAUGAUGGCCACUAUCCUCGACACUGCUGCUCGAGAGCGAUUGUCCCGCAUCGCCCUCGUGAGCCCCGAGAGAUCGCGGCAAAUCGAGACCAUCAUUUUGCGGAUGGCUCAGUCAGGACAGCUGCGGGAACGGGUCACCGAAAAGCAGUUGAUUGACCUUCUUGAUCAGAUGGAGGAUGCACGGUCCAAGACAACUACAAAGACCACAAUAGUGUAUCAGCGUAGGCGAGACUUUGAUGAUGAUGAUGAUUUUUAG